AGGGGAGGGUUUGGCCGCUCAAAGUUUUCGGAGACUGUCGACAUGGCUAUGGUGGCGUGGAGAAACACCGAGGGCGUCGGGGACACUCAGGGGGGGCUCUCCACCCCGGUGUCCCAGGUCGCAUCUCUGCCUCUGCCCGCCGAACUGACGGGACACAUGAACCCGGUGUCCUCUCUGGAUGUACCCCCGGCGACGGCCGGAGCGCACCACGGCGCGCCGCCGCCCCAUCCGUCCGGCACCGCCGCCGCCAACAACAACAACAACAACACGUCCUCUUCCUCCUCCUCUUCCUCGUCCAUGGACAAGCAGCAGAGCCAGCACAUCGAGUGCAUCGUGUGCGGGGACAAGUCCAGCGGCAAGCACUACGGACAGUUCACGUGUGAGGGAUGUAAGAGCUUCUUCAAACGCAGCGUCAGGAGGAACCUGUCCUACACCUGCAGGGCCAACCGGAACUGUCCCGUGGACCAGCACCACCGCAACCAGUGCCAGUACUGUCGCCUCAAGAAAUGCCUCAAAGUGGGCAUGAGGAGGGAAGCGGUCCAGAGGGGCCGACUUCCCACCCAGUCCUACCACGGCCAGUUUGCUCUGACCAACGGAGACCCCCUGCAGUGUCACUCCUACCUAUCGGGAUACAUCUCUCUCCUGCUGCGGGCCGAGCCCUACCCGACCUCCAGGUUCGGCUCCCAGUGCCUGCAGAGCAACAACAUCAUGGGCAUAGAGAACAUCUGCGAGCUGGCGGCCCGCAUGCUCUUCAGCGCCGUGGAGUGGGCGCGCAACAUCCCUUUCUUCCCGGACCUGCAGGUGACGGACCAGGUGGCCCUGCUCCGCCUCACGUGGAGCGAACUGUUCGUCCUGAACGCCGCGCAGUGCUCCAUGCCCGUGCACGUCGCGCCGCUGCUCGCCGCCGCGGGCCUCCACGCCUCGCCGAUGUCCGCGGACAGGGUGGUGGCCUUCAUGGACCACAUCCGGGUCUUCCAGGAGCAGGUGGAGAAGCUCAAGGUGCUACACGUGGACUCGGCGGAGUACAGCUGCAUCAAGGCCAUCGUCCUGUUCACCACAGAUGCUUGCGGUCUGUCGGACGUGGCGCAUGUGGAAGGUCUGCAGGAGAAAUCCCAGUGCGCUUUAGAGGAGUACGUGAGGAGCCAGUAUCCCAACCAGCCCAACCGGUUCGGGAAGCUGCUGCUCCGCUUGCCUUCCCUCCGCACCGUCUCUUCCUCUGUCAUAGAGCAGCUCUUCUUCAUCCGUCUUGUGGGGAAAACGCCCAUAGAAACUCUGAUAAGGGACAUGCUGCUGUCCGGGAGCAGCUUCAACUGGCCGUACAUGCCUAUUCAAUAGAGGGGAAGGUCCCACGCCUCAGAGCAGCUCACUUCAGUGCGUCGGGACAUGGUGGCUUUGCUUUGAACGAGGGGGAGAAAACUGCUAGUGGAAUGAGAUAAUAACAGGUCAUCGAAAUGUAAGACAAAUAUUGGAAUUGAUCCUUUUCUUGUCCUGUACAAACUGCCAUUUCCUUAUCUUUCUUUAUGCUGCGUCGUGUCACAAUGUGUCUAGAAAGGUCCCUGAUAUGAAUUCACCUUUUAGCCCAUGCUAAAUGAUUUUUUUUUUUACUUGUUGGAGGUGAAAUAACUUCCCAUCGGAUACAAUGACGGACGUUUUUUUCCUGGCGUGGCGGUCAAUGGUUCUGAGAUAACGAACGAUAUUUAUUGGACCCUCUGUGUAUAUUUAUCGUGCUUGUAAAUUCUGUUUUGACUCCUUUUUCAAAUGUUUUAUGUAUUCUCCCCUGGCCAGUGACACAACGGCAAGGAUCGUCGUGUGUUGAUCUGUUGUUUUUUUGUUGUUGUGAUUUUUUUUGUUUUCAUACCUUCCAGACGCGGCACCUUGGACUCAAUGAACAUUUCAGAAAGAUUUAAAGCGAGCGUUUGAAACUCAAUGGCAACGGACUUUAAGCUACUUGCUCAACUGUGUACAGGUGGAAUGGUGAGAUUAAUGCUCUGUUUGAGUUACUUUGGAGUCUUAUUCUGUUGACAUAUAAAGAAUGAAAGGACAUAUUUGGGAAAUGCACUUCUCAUGAUCAGUGUUUGGCUGCGUCAAGUAAUGCAUUGCUCCUUUCAUAGGUGAUGUCAUUACUUUCUUACAUUUGUAUCUCCAUAAAUAUUUGAAUUAAUAUUUCCUUGCUGAUUUAAUUAUCUCCUUAAUGUUUAAUGUCUGCUUAAUUUACCCUCAAAAAAUAAUUUGACAUUUUAAAACAGUUUUGAUGAUUAUUUCUCAUGCGUUUUGGGAAUUUUGCCAUUUCUCAUCUAAACGGAGAGAUGGUGACAAAAGGGUCAACGUGAGUUCUCUUUACAAUAAUCCGACAUUUUCAUUUUUAGGUGGUCAAUGGUAUUCUUUUGACUAGUUAAAAUCAACAACAUCACUUUACUGGAUUAACGAUAAAUGCGUUCAUUAGCAAACACUAAAUGGAGCUGAUUCAUUUAUGCUUCAAGGUCUUCUAUCUAUUUAAUUACAAUUUGUGCAUAUAUGAGCCCAGGCCACUUAAAGGCACAACAGGGUAUUGCUGAACAGAAAGUGCUUGAGUGUGUGUGUGUGUGUGUGUGUGUGUGUGAGUGUUUGUAUUUGUAUUUUCUUCUUUGACAACAACUCUGAUGUACUGUGAAAGCAUAUUGGUUAACAUAUUGGUACCGUAUUAAAUUAUAACUCAAGAUUUAUAAAUAAAGUGUAUUUGGUUUA